AUGGCAGAACCAAGACUUGAAUUUGAAGCAACUUCUCCAAGAUAUUUUUUCCAUGAAGCUAUUAAUUGGGGUGACAGCAAAAUAAAAGGUUCUUGUCCUCAUGAAUGCCUUAACGGAGCUUUCUGUUCUAAGACUGGUACAUGCGACUGUCAAAUAUUUCAGGCACUUGGGACAAGAUGCCAAAUUAUUCCAAACAUGGGUAAUGGCAGAGACGGGAUUUGCAAAACCUGGGGACAGUACCACUUUGAAACAUUUGAUGGAAUAUACUAUUAUUUCCCAGGAAACUGUUCAUACAUUUUUGCAAAGGACUGCGAUAAUUUGGAACCUCAAUAUACUGUAUGGGUUCACAAUAGUCCCAAAUGCCGUGGUUCAGUGUAUUCUUGUUAUCGGUCAAUCAGCUUGUUCUUUUCAAACCAAGAGGAAAUUAGAAUUUAUGGCCAUGAAAUAACAAAGAAUGGAAUCAGUUUAACAUUACCUCAGACAAUUGGACAAGUUUUUAUUGAGAAACUAGCGGACUACAUUUUGGUGAAAACAACCUUUGGUGUUUCAUUGGCUUGGGAUGGAAUAUCUGGAAUUUACCUCAAACUGUCUGAGGAGCAUAGAGGGAAAUCAUGUGGUCUAUGCGGAAACUACAAUGGCAUUCAGUCUGACGAUUUUGUAAUUCAGGAAGAGGACUAUACAGAAGAUAUUGCUAUGUUUGCAAGUAGUUGGAUGGUACAAACUCCAGAUGAUGCUAAAUGUGUACCUACACCUUCAGAUUUUCCAAGUCCCUGCUCAAGUGGAAUGCCAGCAUUUGAGGCCAUCUUCUUCAAGUGUCAGAUACUUUUGCAGUUUCCUUUUCUCAGCUGCCAUGAGUAUAUUGAUCCAUAUUUAUAUAUUGCCAGCUGUGUUAAUGAUCUUUGCAAAACUGAUGACGAUAGUACUUAUUGUCGAGCAGCCACUGAGUAUGCAAGAGCCUGUUCCCAUGCUGGCUUUCCUAUUCAAGACUGGAGAGAUGACUUUCCAGCUUGCACUGAUAAAUGUGAUGAUAGCUUUGUCCAUCGGGAUUGCAUCAGUUGUUGCCCACCAACCUGCACAUUUGAGAAGGAAUGUCUGGGGAGUAAUCUCCAUUGUCUUGAUGGAUGUUACUGUCCAGAUGUUCAAUGCUCUGUUGUGGGUGAUUCUCAUUUUUCAACUUUUGAUGGCCGACAUUAUUCUUUCAUUGGCAUGUGCCAGUAUAUACUUCUGAAAGGCACUGGAAAAGAUAGAUUCACAAUUACUUUACAGAAAGCUCCCUGUGAGCAGAACCUUGGCUUGGUAUGCCUUCAUUCGGUAACUUUAAUUCUGGAGGAUGAUUUCAGCAAACAAGUGACUCUUAGUAGGGGAGGACAAAUCCAGACUAGUCCAAAUCAAGAUUUCAAUCUGAAUGGAAUUGUUGAAAUUCAAACUCUGUCAUCCUUAUUUAUUCUUCUAAAAACCACAUUUGGUUUAAAGAUCCUGUUUGCUGUAGAUGGGGAAAGAAUUUAUAUUCAGCUCACUAGUGCUUGGAAAAGAAGAACAUUAGGUCUGUGUGGCACUUUUAAUGGGAACAUAAGAGAUGAUUUUCUGUCUCCAUCAGGUAUGAUAGAAGGAACUCCACAACUGCAUGCAAAUGCUUGGAGAGUUUCCUCCACUUGUUUUGCACCAAUUCAUGUCCCUAUGGUAGACCCCUGUAACAUCAACCAACAAAACAUUGGGUAUGCAGCACACUGUGAUGUCAUCCACCAAGAGCUCUUUGCUCCUUGCCAUUUCUACAUUAGCCCUGGACUGUACUAUCAGCUAUGCCGACAUGAUGCAUGCAAGUGUGGAAGUGCCUGCCUUUGUAAUGCUCUUGCCCACUAUGCCUACCUCUGUGGCCAGCGAGGUAUCUCCAUCGACUUUAGAGCUCAGGUUUCAUUCUGUGCUGUGGUGUGCCAGAAAGGCAUGUUGUACCAUCAAUGUUCCUCUUUUUGCCGUCGCUCCUGCACUUCCCUCUCUUCUCCAGAGCAAUGUACUGAUGACUGCGCUGAAGGUUGUAACUGUCCCGAUGGCAAAUACUAUGAAGACACACUUAGCUUUUGUGUGCCCAUAUUUCACUGUCGUUGUCAUUAUAGGGGUAGCAUUUAUCAACCAGGAGAGCUCAUCCCAACACCCUCAGGCUUGUGCCAGUGUUCAAAUGGAACUGUGCAAUGUGAUGAAUCGGCAACACCCUCUACUGUUCAUGCCUGCCCAGAAGGAAAAGAGUUCUUUGACUGCAGAUUUCCUGACCCUGAAUUACCAGCUGGUGGUAUAAAUUGUGAGACUACAUGUGCAAAUCUGGCCAUGAACUUCACUUGUGCCCCAUCCUCACCCUGUAUAAGCGGCUGUGUUUGCGCUCCAGGAAUGGCAGAGCACAAAGGAAAAUGCUACGUUCCUGACAGCUGUCCAUGUAUCUGGAAAGACUGGGAGUACCUCUCAGGAGAAGUGAUUGCAACCCCGUGUUAUACCUGUGUUUGCAGACGAGGAAUGUUCAAUUGCACAUAUUAUCCAUGCCCAGCAGUGUGCACAAUUUAUGGGGACCGGCAUUAUCAUUCUUUUGAUGGGCUAGAAUAUGACUAUGCCAGUGAUUGCCAGGUUUUUUUGAUAAAGAGUACAGAUGAUUUGGAUAUAUCUGUCAUUGCCCAGAACAAGAAAUGCUUUGACAAUGAUAUUGUUUGCUCUAAAAGCGUUUUGAUUUCAGUUGGGGACACUGAAAUUUACUUGAAUGAUACUCCCUACAAACAGAAACGAUCAGGGUUUUUUUUGGAAAAUAAUCCUACAUACCAACUUUGGAAGGCUGGCGAUUACACAGUAGUAUAUUUUCCAGAGGAAGAUAUAACUAUUCUUUGGGAUAAGAAGACAACUAUUCAUAUCAAAGUUGGACCACAGUGGAAGAACAAACUAGCAGGAUUGUGUGGAAACUUUGACAAAUGUACUUCAAACGACAUGACCACGUCUAAUAACAUAGAAGUGAGAAACGCCCAGGUAUUUGGAGAUAGCUGGGCUUUAGGACAAUGUGAAAACCCAAGUGAAGCAAUCAAACCCUGUGAGGCACAGCAAAACAAAUUUCCUUAUGCCAAAAAAGAAUGUUCCAUUUUGUACAGUGAUGUUUUUGCUCCAUGUCGCAAUGUGAUUGAUGUUACUUCUUUUGCCAAAAAUUGCCAUGAAGACACAUGUAACUGUAAUCUUGGUGGAGAUUGUGAAUGUUUAUGCACAAGCAUUGCAGCAUAUGCAUACAAAUGUUGUCAGGAAGGGGUAUCAAUUCACUGGCGAUCAUCUACUACUUGUUCCCUUGAUUGUGAGUUUUACAAUGAAGGACUUGGAGAAGGACCAUAUUUGCUGGCAAGUUAUGGGCAGAGUGGCCUUCUUCUGGGAGCCAAUAUGAGCAGUAGAAGUAUUUUCUCUUUUCCAAGAAAUGGCAUUCAUGACAAUUUAUUUUUUCAUUUUAUGAUCACUCCAGGUCUUUUCAAAGAGAAGCCAUCAUCAUUGGCAGUUGUUUCCUUGGAAUCUGCUGAAAGACCAAACUACUUCCUCUAUGUUCAUGACAAUGACAGUCUUAGUUUAAAGCUGUGGGAGGCGAAUUCCGCCUUUCAUCGGAGAGCCACAUUUUUCCACCAUCAGGGUCUCUGGAUUCCUGGCUACAGUACAUUUGAAUUAUACAGCAAGAAAGGCUUUUUCAUCGCAUUCACAGAUUCUGGUGUCAAAGCAUCAAAAUUUGAUGACUCUGAAGAAUUUAAACAUUCAAGUAGUUUCAGCAUAGAAGAAAUUCAGGCAGCUGUUCCUUACAGGAGGAUGUGUGAAUGGAGAUACGAACCCUGUGCCACUCCCUGUUUUAAAACGUGUAGUGACCCUGAAGCACUAGCAUGCACAUUUCUUCCACCAGUUGAAGGAUGCUUGCCUUACUGUCCUAAGAAUAUGAUCCUUGAUGAAGUCACCCUGAAAUGUGUUUAUCCAGGAGACUGUAAGUGCAUAUCUCCCACAGAGCCAGCAUUAAUGACUCCUACUGCUCUACCAUCAGGUCCAUCCGACUUCACUCCAUUGGACAUGCUAACCCCAACAACAGGUUUCGAUUGUGAGCCUCAAGAAUUUGAUCCUGUUUAUAAUUGUAGCCAAUAUAUAUGCCUUGAUAUGGAAUGGAAAUUGUACAACUGGUCACUUAAUUGUCCAAAGGUCUCAGACAUGCCUGACUGUGGUUUCCGUGGAAGGCCUGUUCAAGUCAACAGUGAUAUCUGCUGUCCUGAGUGGGAGUGCCCUUGUCGGUGUUCCGUGUUGUCAGAAUUAAGCAUUAUUACUUUUGAUGGAAACAGUGCAGCAUUAUACAGUAUGGCUUCUUAUAUCUUAGUAAGGGUUCCUGGGGAAAUUAUAGUUGCUCAUAUUGAAAAGUGUUCCAUAAAUCAGAAUGGGAACUCAUUAAAAAAGCUAUCUUCUUCUGGAAGGAUCUCUGGACUUUGUUUUAAGGAGUUAAAUCUGACAACAUCUUUACAUAAAAUACUUGUCAACCGCUUACAGAGAAAGAUAGAAGUGGACUCUAUUGUUGUACCUUUGCCUUUUACAAGUCAUGAACUCUUCAUAGAGGAUUCUGGUACAAUGUACGUGAUUACUACUCCAGCUGGACUCAUCAUAAAGUGGGUUCACCUUACGGGAAUUAUGGACAUACAUUUUGGGGUCCAAUUUAACAUGUCGUCUCAUACAGAAGGACUUUGUGGACUUUGCAAUGAUAAUCCAGAUGAUGACCUGAGGAUGCAAAAUGGCACAAUCAUCACCAAUAUGGAAGACAUAGAAUUAUUUAUUGAGAGCUGGGAAAUUGAGAAAUCAUUUAAAGUAACAAUGAGAAGACCUGUUAGGAACUGUACUGAGUAUGAUUGCAGCCAUUGUAUUGAGUUGUUAAACAGAAGACUUUUCACUCCAUGCCAUGAUAAAGUUUCACCACAGGAUUUCUGUGAAAAGAUGUGGAUCAAUUACACCUAUUUUUGGAACUAUGAAUGUGAUGCACUUUCUGCAUAUGUAGCUCUGUGCAACAAAUUUGACAUCUGUAUUCAAUGGAGAACACCUGAUUAUUGCUCUUUGAGUUGCCCAGAAGGGAAGAAAUAUCAACCUUGUGUGCAGCCUUGUGAAGCAAGAACAUGUCUAAAUAAAUGGUUUUACGAUCACUCCUCAUGUUUGAAUUUAAGAGAAGACUGUGUGUGUGAAAAUGGAACCAUUCUUCACAGGCCAGAUUCAGCUGAAUGCAUUCCAGAAGAAAAAUGUGUAUGUACUGAUUUUGAAGACCGUCCCCGUGCUGCUGGAGAAGUUUGGAAUGGAGGUAUUGACGAAUGCUCUCUAUACAAAUGCUUGGAGAAUGGAAGUAUUAUUCCCAUAGAAUCUGACUGUCAUAUAGAGCCCUCACCAAUUUGUAAACGAGAAGGUGAAGUUGUCAUGAGCAUUGUUGAUAAAUGGACCUGCUGUGCAGAGGAAAUUUGUGGAUGUGACAUGACUUUGUGUGACAUUACCAUUCCAACGUGUAUGAAUAGUGAAAAACUGGUCAUUGGCCAAAGCCCACUUUCUUGCUGUCCCCAAUACCAGUGUGAAUGUGACCCAGUCAAAUGUCCGGAUAUUCCAAUACCAGAAUGCAGAGAAGACCAAUUUAUUAUGGAAGUUCAACAGGGAGAACCUUGUUGUUUUCCCCCUCUUUGUGUUUGUGAACCUUGCACUGAACCUGUCCCACUAUGUACUGAUGGGGAAAUUCUCACUGUGCAGCUUAAUACUACACAAUUCUGUUGUCCUCAGUAUUACUGUGUUUGUGAGCCAAAUCUUUGCCCUAUUCCACUGCUCAGCUGUGCAGAAGAUAUGAAACUUGUGAAAGAAAAUGUAUCUGAUCAAUGUUGCCCUAUAUGGCAUUGUGAAUGUAGCUGUGAAAAUCUAAUCAUACCAACUUGUAAAGUGGGAGAAUUUAUUACAAAUGACCUUGGCUUUCAGAGUGACUGUGGAUGUGUACAGUAUCUGUGUGAAAAGGAUGAUGUAUGUAUGCUUCAAGAAGUCUCAGUGUUGAAUCCUGGCCAAUCAAUAACAAAGUAUUUGGAAGGGGAUUUUUGCUAUAUAGUUGAGUGCCUGGAAGAAAAAGAUAACUAUACAGGCUACCACACUCUGAAUUUUACAAUGGUGAAUUGUUCAAAAGAAUGUGAUAUUCACCAGGUAUAUAUUCCAUCUCCAAGUGAUUAUGAUUGUUGUGGUACCUGUAAAAAUGUAUCCUGCAAAUUUACUAUGGAAAAUGGAGCAUCCGUUAUAUAUGAGGAGGGAAGUACCUGGAACUAUAAUUGCACCACAUAUGAAUGUGUUAAGACUGAUGAGGGGGCAGUGAUUCUGAGUUACAGUAUGAUCUGUCCCCCCUUUAAUGAGACCGAAUGCAAAAUGAACGAAGGGGUUGUAAAGCUUUUCAAUGAGGGCUGUUGCAAGAUCUGCAAACGAGAAGAAAGAGUAUGCCAGAGAGUGAUUAUUAAAACAAUUAUAAGGAAACAGGACUGCAUAAGUCAAAGCUCUGUAAAUGUUGCAUCUUGUGAUGGAAAGUGUCCAUCAGCUACUAUAUAUAACAUCAAUAUUGAGAGUCACCUAAGAUUCUGCAAAUGUUGCCGAGAAAAUGGAGUACGGAACUUGACUGUGCCAUUGUAUUGCUCAGGAAAUGGCACUGAAAUCCUAUAUACUCUCCAAGAACCCGUAGACUGCACAUGCCAGUGGAAUUGA